AUGUCUCCGGACGCCGAUCAGUCCCAAAACCCUCCGCAAGGAGCGACUAGCAAUCGCAAGGAGGAACUCCGCAAGGCCCGAGCCGAGGAGCGCAAGGCCAAGCGGCACCUAAAGGCGGAGGCCAAGCGUGCCCGCAAGGCCAACAAGGCCCCCGCGGCCAAAUGGACCGCGGAGCGCAAGGCAGAAAUAAGGGCGGCGGUGAAGGAGAAGAAGAACCAGCCCAAGAUGCUUGAGCGGAAACGGGAGCGGCUUCUCCAGCGAUCCAAGAACCUGGAGCUGCAGGCCGCGAAGCUGCUCGCCAAGUCACGGCAGGCGGCCGCCCAGUACCAGGCCAUGGUCGAUGCUGACAAGAAGCGCAAGGCUCAGGGGAAGUCGGGAGAAGAUGAGGCGGAGGCCUACGAUAUUGCUGUCGAGAGCAAUGACGAUGACGAUUCCGACUCCUCAUCCGAGGCCAGCGAUGAUACUAGCGCUUCCCAGGAUGAGGGUGCCCCCGUGGCCGAGGUUCCGAUUCCGAAGAACGUCCCAGCUGACGAGAUCGUCAUGAAGAAGCGACGGGAGAGCGAUGCCGCCUCGGUGCGCAGUGCUCAGGAAUUGACCGAGUCCAAACCCAAGGAGAAGAAGGCCAAGAAGGCCAAGAAGGACAGCGAAGAAGCUGAGCCUGAGGCUGAACCCGAGGUCAAGAAAGCCAAGAAGGACCGCAAAAAGAAGUCCGAGGCAGCCCCCGCCGUGGCUGACGAAGAAGAAGAGCCUGAAACCAAGAAAUCGAAGAAGUCGGAGAAGAAGCGCAAAAGGGAAUCAGCUGCCGGCGCGGAGGAGACCCCUGCCGAGGACGUAGAACAUCCUAGCAAGAAGGAGAAGAAGGAAAAGAAGGAGAAGAAGGGCAAAAAGGACAAGAAGUCCGAUGAGCCGGCCGAAGACCCCGAAGCCACCUGGAACGUGGAGCAACUGGAUGGCGGUGCUGAAAGACAGGCCAAGAUGCUCCGCCUUCUCGGCGGCAAGAAGAAAGGCGCAGCGGCAACUCCUUCCUCCGCAUCCGGCGGCAAGUCGAAGAACAGCCUGGAUUCCGUCAAGGCCGAGGCGGACUUGCAACGGCAGUUCGAGGACGGCAUGCGGGCCAAGAACGAGGGCGGCGGCCACCGUCGUGGUCUGGGUGCAUAA